GCGAGCAUCCCAUUCUCGCCAAAGGAUGGAAUCGUACCCAACUCUACACAAGAGUAGCCUCCUCCAGCCUUUAUCCAUGGAAAAGCGUGCGGCUUCAUCAUGUCACUUCGCAAGCGUGGUGGAGACGGCAACCCGGACGAUCUCACAACGCGUCGACACGGGGACCGACUCUCUUGGGGGCACCUGAUGCACGGGGUAAAAGCGAAGUCCCCAUGCCUUGGACGAAUCCGAUCACUCGUACCGUGUCGGCUCCUAAUAAUACUCAGUGUGCUCCUGGGAGUUUGCUUUAUGUACGUACGAACAAAUUCCGUGUUGUGGGUGGAUCCUGUGCGACCGGAUUCGACAGUCACUUCGGAAACGUUUUCUACGAUUGCGCCGGACGCUCCGCUCAAACAUAUUCUCUACUUUACUCCGUAUUGGGACGGGAAAGAUUAUCAUUUCGGGACAGGUCAGGAACCCUUCCUCCAGGCCAAUUGUCCCGUCAAUCGCUGUUUUGCUACAAUAGAUCGUGGUCAUUUGCCGACCCUAGCGGAUUUCGACGCCUUUCUCGUGCACGCGCAUUACGAUCAUAUCCGCGUAUCUGAAUUCCGUAAUAUCUCCACUUGGAGGCAGCCCCAUCAUCGCUUUGUUCUACUCGCAAUGGAGAGCCCCGAUUACGGUAGUCCACGAAUUCCAGCACGACCGUUCGAACUUGACUACCGGGAAGGCACCGUUGAUCCCUUUGAUGAUUUCUUCCACUGGACCAUGAGUUACCGUUGGGACAGUGAUCUGCCUCGCCCUUACGGAUGGUUCCAGGAUAGACAAUCGACCGAGUUCUAUCCAUCCCUUCCCAAAUCCUGGAAACCUUACGACGAAGCCGAAUUUCUUCGGUGGCUGCCUCGUCAACCCCCUGCCUUUCGUCAAUUGGCGCGGAGGCCCCAGAAAGUGGCCUGGGUGGUGUCUAACUGCAACGCCGCAUCGGGUCGGGACGACUACGUCCGGGAACUCCAAAAGUAUAUUCCUGUAGACGUGUUUGGUCGUUGUUCCGGCACGCCCUGUGACCAACCCUACAACUCAAUCCAAGUCGACAAUUGUACCGUACGCGUGCGCGAAGACUACAAGUUCUACCUCGGUUUUGAAAACACCUUCUGCAACGACUACGCCACGGAAAAGUUCUUUGGACGUGUCGGGAACAACCUCGUCGUCACAAUGGGCCAGGCCAAUUAUAGUCGCCUCGCUCCACCCCAUUCCCAUUUGGACGUCCGGGACUUUCCUUCACCCCGGGCUCUGGCCGAACGUUUGCGGUACCUCGACCAGAACGACACCGCCUACUUGAGCUACUUUUGGUGGCACGCACACUACCGCGUCUAUCCGGCACACCUUGCUCAGAAACCCCGUGAGGAACACUUUAGCCGCAGCAUGUGCAAAUUAUGCGAACGGUUACACGCACCCGAGGCGGAGAGAGCGGCUCCCACGUACAGCGAUUUGCAAACCUGGUGGACGGAACCCUCCGAAUGCGGAAAGCAACAACGCGCCGUCACGGCCUCGUGGAAGUUCGAUCCGUGACGAAUUGUGUGCAUGAGCGUUCGGAUAUAAAAGGCAUCGACGGUGAAACCAUGGUCUGUUUUUAUUGUUGCGGUACUCGCCAAUUCAGCAUAUCGGCAACACUGCAGCACGGGUGUGAAAAUAGGGAUACCAAUGUUUGCAAAUUUUACAGCUAAAGAACAAGCAACCUCCCCUUUGGGAGCCUGGCCAAACGAAGGAAAGUAC